AUGGCAUACUUGGGACUUCCUCAGAGAAAGUAUGCACGGCAGGAGGACAAUGGAGCGCGAAAAUCCUACCUCUACUACGCCGAACCAGCUUCAGUGAGAGGGAAGUGGAAUCGGCUCUGCUCCCAAGCUGGCCUGGAUCCGGAUAUUCUGCUUGAGAACCUGACCGCGGCAGAUGUUAAGUCCUGGUUUGAUUGGAUUGAGAAGAACUUCAAGGGCUCUAUUAAAGCUCACAGUGCACUUGCCAACUACUGGAGGACCUUGAAGAGACUUUACUUUAUGCAAAACCGCCAUGAAAUGGAGACCAGAAUGCAGGGAGAUUGCCUCAACUACAUGAAUGUUGUGAGCAAGCGGAUGGGCUUGCGUAGGCAUCCACUUCCCAAGCCGACGGCAGCCUCGGAUGAUCUCUUGCAUUUUCUCGUUACACACAUGGUCCACUGCGAUUCCGUGUUCGCCGAUGAGAAGCAGCGACCCUAUGUACUUGCAGGACUCAAUUUGUCGAGUGUUUCCGCUUGUCAGGCAGUGUCAUUAUUUGAUACAAGACAUCCUGUUAACUUCCAAGCAGAUGGUCGUCCACUCCAGCACUCUGAAGUGGAGCGACGCAAUGAUAGUAUAGAGUCUCAGAAUUUAGCUGAUAACCCUGGGAACCAAGAAGCCGCGGGUGAUUCCGGUUACGAGACGGGUAUAGAAAGUUAUCUAAGUGAACUGGAAGAAGCUGACUUGGAUGAUCCUUCAUACGACGGAUUUGGUUCAGAGACAGAGAGCAACACUGACUGCGAUUCAAACACUUCCAGUGUCACAAAUGAUGGGUAUCUUGAGGGUGAUGAGGAGACUUGCACCAUACUUUGGAGGCAUGUUGAAUUCUAUAUUGUCCGCAAUCCGCUGCCUGACGGUCGCAACAUACUAGCCGCCAUUGUGACUCUUCUCCACACGAAAGGGGAGGACCGGAAGCCAAGGAUCAAGAGAUUUGUGGUUGAACAUGAAGAUAAUCCAAUAUUUGACUUACUGUCCCAACUGUUGUCAUUGGCAAUUGAUGACGGCAUCUUUGUUGCGAUGAUCAAAGACAAGGUGGACAUCUACACUGUGCCAAUCCCAUCACACCGCAGAGGCAUUCAGAUGAAAAUCAAGAAAGAGAAGUUGGAUAUUCCAAUAUUCUGUGAACCUGAACACACUGCAGAAGGUUACUGA